CUCAGCCUGAACUCGCACUGCACCGGAGUAUGUGAUACGCGCGCGACGAAGACGACCGCUGCACACGACCGACGGAAGUCUUAAACAAAAGUCGCCGUCUAUAGAACGCGUACGACAAAGAAUACGUAUAGAAAAAUGACGUUAGCGAAAAUGGAUCAGAGGUUUCAAUUGAUUAGUCAUCACAGGGAUGACAAACAGACCGAAUCACCAAGAGCGCUCAAUCCGGUGAUCAAUAAUUCUAAACCGAACAAAGUUCUGUUUUGUUUGUCCAACCAGGUGGGAACAGUGAUCCUGUACGGGGUGCCGAUCGUCUCGCUGCAGAUGGACAACCAAGAGCGGCUGUGCCUGGCCCAGAUCAGCAACACGCUGCUGCACCGGUUCAGCUACAACGAGAUUCACAACCGACGGGUGGCGCUGGGCAUCACGUGCGUGCAGUGUACGCCGGUGCAGUUGGAGAUGCUGCGCCGGGCGGGCGCCAUGCCGGUGUCGUCGCGACGGUGCGGCAUGAUCACCAGGCGGGAGGCGGAGCGGCUGUGCAACUCGUUUCUGGGCGACAACACGCCGCCCCGGUUGCCCGACGACUUUGCGUUCGCGGUGCAUCACGAGUGCGCUUGGGGUUGCCGCGGCUCGUUCCUGCCGUCCCGGUACAAUUCGUCUCGGGCCAAGUGCAUCCGGUGCGCUGUGUGCGGUCUGUUCUUCUCGCCCAACAAGUUCAUAUUCCACUCGCACCGCACCGGCGCCGGUGCCCGGUACGUGCAACCGGACGCGGCCAAUUUCAACUCGUGGCGCCGGCACAUGAAGCUCAGCGACGAUCCGCCCGACCACGUGGUGCACGCGUGGGAGGACGUCAAGGCCAUGUUCAACGGCGGCACGCGCAAACGGGCCGUGUCCAGGCCGUCACCGCCGUCGCUGCUGCAGCAACAGCACCAACAGCAACAGCCGCCGCAACCGCUGCUGCAGCCGCCGUCGCACGCACGACAACAGUCGUCCGCUUCGUCGUCGCCGCCGUCGUCCGCUUCGUCCGCCGCCGCCGCCGCCGUAAUCGUGCAGAUGCCUCAGCCCGUGCUCCAGUCGGCGGCCCACCUGCACCACCACCAGCACCACCAAAACCACCAACAACGAUCGCCGGAACUGCAGCAAAAAAAAUCGGCACCGGUUCCGCCGGUACAGGUGCCGUCCAUGCCGCUACACCAGGCCAUGGUCGAUUACGUGUGGCAACAGCGGGCCAACCCGUUCGCCGUGGCUGCUGCGGCUGCGGCUGCGUACUCGGCGGGCGGCGGUCUGCCCUGUUGGCUGCCCAAACUCGAGCUGGACCCACAUCAUCACAACGCCUUGGUCAACCGGGGCGCCGUCGCCACCGAUUAUUCUUCCGCUUUCCGGCCUGUCUACCCGGUUACCGUGGCCGCGGCCGCUGCUGCCGCUGCCGCAGCCGCCGCCGCCGCAGCCAAGUCGGCCGACGGCGAAGAAGACGACGGCGAUGACGACGAGGCCGGCGGCGGCGGCGGCGGCGGCGGCGGUUGUUGCGUGGACGGCGUGGACGACGAUGACGAUGACGACCACAACGACGACGACGACGACGACGAAAUUGACAUCGAAACGUGCCCCGACGAAAGGAACACGUAGGACUCGCGGAUGGCUACUUUUUUUAUAAUUAUUGUUUAUAGUUACAGUGUGUUAUUAUUAUGCGCUAUUAUUGCGAUAUAAAAUAUUAUAAUUGACCGGUUCAGUUAUCGUCCUCCAGUGGCGUCGAAUAAUUUGCAAGUCAAAGUUUACGCAAGUGGGUGAAUUUCAAAAUCGUAAAACCUGUUCUUGUUUUUAACCACGAAUUUCAUAUUACCGCCCGAACUAUCACACUUGAUUUUCAAAAAAAUCGCUAACUGUUAUACUUCAGUAAAAUCGGGGGUACGGUAUACUCGCCACCUUAAAGGCUGCUUACAGUGUGAAAGGUGAGAUCGGCGCUACUAUAACGGUUAUUUUGUUGGCCACGUAUAUUAUUAAUUUACAUAUAUAAUAUAUUUAUAUAUAUUUCAUUAUUUAUUUUUUAACGAAAGUUUAUACGAAUACGAAUAUGUUGUUUGCACGUAGAAAGUGACUUGUCUCUUCUUUGACGCGCGAAUAUGUUUUUCAUCGUAGAGGUACCGGUAGAGUCUAUAAUAUUACAUAAUGUAAUGAAUUUAUUUCUUAUUUGCAUAUCGUUUAUACUUCACCUUCUAUAAAUAUAUAAUAUGUAAUAAGUCGCGACGCACUUAACCACUACUGUUUUGUCAAAAUUACAGGAACUCUGCUGAAUAGAUAUUUGCAUACUCGUACAUUAUUAAGAUAACAAUACGUGUUUUAUAUUAUACAUAUUACGUAAAUUUUGUAAUUCAACUGCCGCUUGGGUGGCCGACGAUACGCUGUAGACUGUAGAGUAAUAAUAUUAUUAAACUUUUAAUUGGAACAUUACAAUAUUAUAUAUAUAUUAUAUCUAUUGUUUAUGUAAACAUUUCGAUGUCUAUUUGUUAAACUUGAGUGAUUGUUAAA